CCCUCUCUCAUAUGGCCCGAACAAUACUAUGUUUUAUCCUUACAAUACAAAAAAUAUUAAUGGGUCUUCCGGCCAGACUGAUCAACCCCAUAUAUAUAUGAUUUUAUUUUAUCGAACAUUUUUUAAUAAUAAUCCGUUAGAUAUAUAAAAAUGAAUUUUAUUUUAAUUAAAAUAAAGAUAAUAGAAAUAAUUAAAUUGAUUUUUUCAUGAGAAUAAAAUGAAAAUUAGAGUUAUUUAGUUAAUUAAUAUAAUAUAUUAUUUAAAAACGUGUCAGUUAGAGAAAUAAUGUUCGAUUUGAUAAAAAGACUAAAAUAAAAUUUGUUUAUUAAAAAUUUAGAUGAUCUUGUUGAACGUUUAAAUGAAUAUGAUCUUGUUGAACGUUUAAAUGAAUAUGAAUAUUCAUUUAAUAGUCAAUAUGAUUUAAUAGAAAAUGUUAAUAAAAUAAAUCGAAAAGAAAAUCCAUCUCGAUCAUUAUUAUAUGCUCAUUCGAAUAAAUAUCAUGAUUUUAAUUGGAUAUUACAUGGUUAUUCAUUAGAUGGGUAUUGCUUUUUUAAAAAUCAUACCAAUUUUUUUAAAAACUUGUACACAAAUAAGUAAAUCAAAAUCAUUUAUUAAAUAUUUAUCAUCAAUUGA